UCUUGCGCUGAAAGAGAGUUGAGCAGGAGUUUAUUUAGGCAGCAACAGGUGGGAGGAAUCAGCAAUCAACAGCCAGUAGGAACGGGAAGAGCAGUUCUCCAAGUUGACAGUAUCUCUGAUAAAUAAUCAUGUAAGGUCUGGAAAAAGUUGCCACUUGUUUCCUCUCAGGGACUGUGUGAUGUCAAUAAAAUUAAAAACCUCCACCACAGUGGCCACCAUGAGAAGUGCUAAACAUUACCCCUUCAGAAGCGGUAGAUCUGACAUAAUUUCAUGAUCACACCUAUUUCGCCGAUUCAUACAUUUCCAUGGUCCACCCACAUCCUUUGAGACUACCACAUAAAGAGCAGGUUGAGCAUUGUGAGGGUCUUAACACGUCAAACACCCUGUUAGGAGGAAAUGUUCUCUCUGAGGGAUUUCAUUGGUUUCAUUCUCUCUGCCUCGUUUCUUAUCAAAUUCAGUCAUGGUUCUGAGAUUAUCAACGGGAGAGAAGUGGAGCCUCACUCGUUGCCCUACAUGGCUCUCCUGGAGUUAAGCACACCAGUCUGUGGGGGAAUAUUAAUUGAUCCAAAAUGGGUUCUGACUGCUGCACACUGCAAGAAGAUUAAGACUGUGUUGCUGGGGGUGCACUCCAUCAAAGAAAAGAAGAAGGAACAGCAGCUCAGGCAGAUCCGUAAGGUGAAGAGAAGUGUUCCUCAUCCUUGCUAUGAUAGCAAAGAAAGAAACAACGAUCUCAUGUUGCUCAAGCUGGACAAAGCAGUGAAGCAAACCAAAUGGGUGAAACCUCUCAAUCUGAAUAAAGUUGUCAAAGAGCCAGCAGCCGGUUCAGUCUGCAAGGUGGCUGGAUGGGGAAAAACCAAAACGGAUGCAACUACUAUGUCAGAUGUUUUGAUGUCGACCAAUGUGACUGUGAUCGACAGAAUGAAAUGCAACUCAAAAGAUUAUUACAAUCUUGCUCCUUAUAUAACUAAGAACAUGAUAUGCGCCGGGUGGAAUGGCAAAAUCAAAGCUGAUACUUGUCAGGGAGAUUCAGGAGGACCCAUAUUGUGCAAUGAAGAACUAGUUGGAGUUACGUCUUUUGGGCGUGACUGUGGAAUUCAAAACAAACCUGGAGUAUACGCUUUCCUCACUGAAGAUAACCUCAACUGGGUCAAGAAGACAAUGAAGACAAGUGAAUAAACCUAGUUUUUCAUCCUUGCUGUUUAACUCUUUCAAGCACUUUUACGAUUCCAUUUGAAUUUAACUUGCAUUAUGAUGCUGAAAGAUGUAUGUGCAGACAAGUGAACAAAAGACUGAGUUACAUCAAACCUUGAAAAUAGUUUCUGAAAACCUGUUUAAAAGAAUAAUGAAUAAAAUAUUAUA